AACAUUGUGAGAUCGUAUAUUUAUUUAUUAGAGCAACACAUUGUCACUGAGCUGAGCACAAACUGAACACAAGGAAAGAUGGAAAGGACAGAGAGACGUGACACUCAACCUGCGCUGCCUGUUUGUGUGACCGGCAGGUCGGAUAUGGAACCACAGAGAACAGCCCUGUGACGUUCUGCGCCUCCCCCAUGGACAACAUGGAGAGGAAGAGCGAGACGGUCGGCUACAUCUUGGACCACAUAGAGGCUAAAAUAGUGAACCCAGGAACUGAAGAGCUGGUACCUCUGGGGACGACGGGGGAGAUCAUGAUCCGAGGAUACUGUGUGAUGCUGGAGUACUGGGGGGACAAGGCCAAGACAGACGAGUGCAUCGGUAAAGACGGCUGGUACAAAACUGGCGACAUCGGCAGCAUGGACGCAUACAGCUACUGUCGCAUUCAGGGCAGGAUCAAAGACAUGAUCAUCAGAGGAGGAGAGAACAUUUACCCGGCGGAGAUUGAACAGUUCCUGCACACGCACCCCAAAGUGAUGGAGGCACAGGUGGUCGGAGUUAAAGAUGCUCGUAUGGGUGAAGAAGUUUGUGCGUGUAUCAAACUGGUAGAAGGCGAGGAAUGCACUGCAGAGGAAAUCAAAGCUUUCUGCAAGGAUAAGAUCGCUCACUUCAAGAUUCCUCGCUACGUACUUUUUGUAACCAGCUUCCCGGUCACUAUUACUGGAAAGGUGCAGAAGAACAAACUCUGUGAGGAGGCUGAGAAGCUGCUGGGACGGAAGAAGUGAAAAUGAGAGACUCCGCUCAUGUAUGGAAAGAAUUACUAUAUUAUUAAAAAGUUACUGAAUGUUAUAUAUCAAAGACACUCAUUAGUUUCAUAUAUCCAGACAAUUUAAAACAUCUGGAGAUAUAAUCAUAAUUAGAGAGAGAGAGUCUGAGCCUUCGGGAGACGGGUGAGGGAGACGCUGAGCCGGUAACCAAAUGCUAAACGAUUCAAUUCAACUCACUUUUGUUUGUUUGGACCAUGUCCCAUCUGCUAACAUGGAGGAGGUGGGGCAGCUUAUAACUUACAGUUACCUCUGGUUUCAAAAGAACCAAACAGCUUUAAAACGGCAGCUCACAAAACAACGACACGUUGAGUUUUUAACAGACGGAGAAAUAAAAUGUGGGUUUUGGACUUUUGGUUGUUGACAAUAAGAUAAACAUAGAACACCUGACUGGACUCAGUCACACUGUGAAGAUCAGAGCACUGUUCUCUUUUUUUUUUUACAUCAAGAUGAAUUAAAUAUUGUAUCACAUUAUUAAAA